UAAAGCCCAGCCCUGAAUCUGGAGUGAAGGUGGGUGUGGGGGGAGAAACCAUUAAGUGUGGAGGAUUCAGAAGAUUCAGAGUCAGGAGUGGUGCAGCGUGCAGAUCUGCAUCCUCCUUCGGAAACAAGCGCCUUUUGUGCCUCUUUCUCUCUCUUUCUCUCCCCACUGCCUCCCCUGCUGCAGUGGGGGAGUGCAUUUACCGUCGAGCCCAAGGGGAGAAGGCAAGAAGUGUCCUCCAAUCAGCCGUUAGUGAUUUCUCUGAUCCUGUGAGGACGCUGAUGGGCGUUUAUCACUGACCUGAGACGGGCACUGCUCCACACUCCACCUGGAAUACACUCACAGGUUUUUCUCUUUUUGUCCUUCAUAUUCACAAUCUAAUGUGGAUAUUUAAAAACAAACAUGACCAGAGGACAAAGGAAGGAUUAAACUGCACAAGCGUUUUUUUCUCUUUCAUUUCCCUGCUUCAGAUGAAGACGGACUAACUUUUCCUCGUGCGUUUGUGCCACACGAGGACUCAUUUUUACUCCACAGCAGAAAGGCAUCAUUUUUAAUGUCAUGCCGUACUUUUUUUUUCCUGAAAGCAUGUCAGGAAGGCGAUCCUCCAAGCCACCCCAGCAGAAAGCAGUCAUGCAGGGCUGACACAUGCACAUGGAGAYGGAGGGAGAAGAUGACAGCUGGAGCACACCUGCCUGCUGAGCGUGUCUGACACCUCGCUGCAGUUUGAUCRAAUGCCUGCCUCUCCAAACUACCUGGUGGUUGUUGUUGUUUUUGUUUUUGCAACCCUCCAAGUUAUCAUGCCUCUCAUUAAGAGGAGAGAGGGGUUUAUGUGUAGUGUGAGGAGCCACAGAAGGAUCCAAGUGUUGGAGGAUUAGCUUUGAAACAUUGUCGAGGAUUAAUGAAAGACCCAGGUUUAACCUGCAUGACCUUAAAGAAAAGGCUCCUGCACAAAUGAACUGUUUAAUUAUGUAAGAAAGUGUUCCAGAGAGGUUUGUCACAAAACAAGUGAUCCACAAGUUUUUUUUUUUGUCUUUUUAGUCGAUUUUUCUCAAGAGUCUUGUUUGAUCAGUGCUUACGAGGUGGAGUGGUGUGAAAACAGAGCUGCUGAUCAAUACUACAAUAUUUGUUUUGGUGUCUGAGGAACAAUCCAGAUGUCUGCUACGAUUUACAGCAAAAGUCUGUAGCUGCUGUUUUUAUAAGUUUUCUAUAAAAUGCUUGGAGAAGCUUUUUUAUAAAGUGACACUUCAACUGAGCGCGUGGGGAAAUUAAACCGUGUGUGUGUGUGUGUGUGUGGUUGAAAGGAUGGUGGGUUGUCGCCCAUCCUGACACAGGUGGAUUCACCUUAUCUUAGCAGCACAGCUUCCAGCUUCCAGCUUCAGGCUAAUGGAGUCAUGGGCUCCACCUCACCCUCCACAGUCAGUCCCACUUUUUACACUCAGCGAGUUUCAGUGCAGCCACUUACAGAAACCCCUCUAAGCAUGCUCUGAUUCUGGAGUAGAUGAGCGGAGCAGGAGUGUGUGCUGACUGGGCUUUCGGUGUGUGUGUGUGUGUGUGUGGGGGGUUACACACGUUAUCACUGCAGACACACUCAGCGGCCCUUCAGCAAACCUGGAAAGUUGCGAGGCACAGCAGGUUGGGCCGUGUGGUCGAGGGAGUGAGGAGUCCAGUGAUCGCACARCUUUGUUUGGAUGUGCAGCGUUGUGACUGACAGUUCCACGAGGAGCAAACUGCUCCGUGCUGCAGUUUUAGACCUCAGUCACCCAGACCAGCUGGGUAAAACAAGUCGGCACAACUAUGGACUGAAAUAAAUGCCUGAAACCUAAAGCACAAACCAAACGGAAAUUUAGGGCACAUCUCUCAUUUUUGCAGGAAUAACGGCACAAAGGAGACUCUGACUUGAUSCUAUUUAAUUUACAACAAGCACACAGACUUGAUCGAACUUUCUGAGGAUUUUCUUGUUCAAACCUGUGAGCACAGAGACACAGUUCCUUCCUGCUUGGUUGUGUGUCGCUCUGAGGAGGACUCGUGUUGUACAGCACAACCCCAGCGAAUGAGGGUGGGGCUCUCCCACUGCCACAGACAAAGAGUCCUGGUUUUCAGCUGUUGGGCCCGCAGAGUUGUUAACCUUGUUUAAAGCCGUCAUGGGGUGCAACAUGUGUGUGGUUCAAAAGCCUGAGGAACAAUACAGAGUGAUGUUCCAGGUGAACAGGAAGGAGCUGUCUCGCCUUUCUGGAGAUCCCACCCUGGACAUGCAAGACCCCGUGCUGUCCAGCAUACUGAGGCGGGGGGUCCGCAGACGAGCUGGCCCACCUGGAGCUCCCGGAGGCCAAGCGCCAGUGACCUUGGGCAUGGCCGACUGUGUGGACAGCUGCACCCAAACAGACAUCAGCUUCCAGCAYAUGCUGACGCUGGGCAGGAUCGGGCAGCAUCCCUGUGGAGCUCCACCCCCACCUGACCCCCCUCCCUCACCUCCGCUGCCACCACUGCUGGAGCCGUACCUGUUCAGCGACAUCUUCACAGAACCAGUGUACUACGACCCCACUGACUACUUUGACAUCAGUCAGCAUGAAGUGGACCGGCACGACGAGCUGGAGUACGAGGAGGUGGAGCUGUACAAGUCCCGCCAGCAGGACAAACUGGGCCUGACGGUCUGCUACAGGACUGAUGAUGAGGAGGACCUGGGAAUCUACGUAGGAGAGGUGAACCCAAACAGCAUCGCUGCAGUGGAUGGUCGUAUCCGUAAGGGAGACAGAAUAUUACAGAUAAAUGGAGUGGACAUCCAGAACAGAGAGGAGGCGGUAGCUAUUCUCACCAGAGAGGACGGCACAAAUAUUUCACUGCUCCUCGCGCGGCCCGAGAUAGAGAACGACAACCAGCUGGAUCCUGACGAUCUGGACCUGGAGCCACUGGACAAUGCCAUUCACCUGAGCAGCAGUCCCAGAGUGAGGACCAGCGCCUCUGCUCCAGGUGUUGGACAAAGCAGCUCUGCGAUUGGAGGUGUGCUCUCAAACCACGCCCACUCACUGAACCAAGAUUCCCCCGAUUUGCUCCAGACCGUCCUGAGCAACAGCCAGGAGCUGGACAGCGGAGUUGGCCGCACGGAUGAAAGCACUCGCUAUGAAGAGUCCUCUGAACACGACCUCCUGGGAGACGACCACACCAGUGCCUCCAACACCAACGCAACCAACACACCAGGCAGCAUGCGCAAGUUCCUGUCCAGCAGAGGGGACACUCCCCCCCUCCUCCAUUCCCAGGACCUCCAGUUCAGCACGGACUCCCUCCUGGGACUGGAAUGUUUUAACGGCGGAGGCCUGGAACAGAUGGAGCGGWUGGAAAGGACCUACAUGGCCGAUUCGGUGAGGAUGAUGAUGCCCGGGCUCACCGAGGAAGAGUGUGAGAGGUAUAAAGAGCUCCUGGAAAUCAAGUGCUUCUAUGAGAAGACCAGUCACGCCCAGGGUGUGGCGCAGGAGGACGGGGGYGUCCCACUGGACGAAAACAGGAACGAGAGCCUGACGCAGCACGAGAUCGCGCUCCUUGAAGAGGAGCUGCGCCACUUGGAGUUCAAGUGUCGGAACAUCUUGAGGGCGCAGAAGAUGCAGCAGCUGAGGGAGCGCUGCAUGAAGGUUUGGCCUCAAGAAGACAAGAGUGGAGGAGGUGCAGGAGCCGGACGCUUAGAGCUGAGUGGUUUGGUGGGCGAGGAGUCCAGCCAUCACGCUCUGUCAGACAUCAACGAGCUUCCCGAGAGAGAGCGCUCCGACAAGGACAGCACGAGUGCCUACAACACUGGAGGGGAAAGCUGCAGGAGCACGCCUCUGGUCAGUGAGCACCGCCCUUCACUCUCCACACAGAGUCUGGAAGGUGGAGAGCCUCCAGCCUUCACCAGGCAGAAAGAGAGGGGCCCCAGGGCCGAACGACGGGACGAGAUGCAAGCAAACCUGAACCAACCCUACUCCCCGCACUCUCAGAGAAGAGCUGAGGGUAAGACGUCAAGCCCCGGUCCGAAGGUGAGGUCGCUAUCCCGGGACAUGGGAACCAGGAGGGGCUCAGAUGGAGGAGUGAGACGGAACCCGAAAGCCGGUGGGACGGCUGAGAGAGCUGGUGGACGCAGCGCUGAAAACAGUCCUUACCUGUACCGCCGACAGACUGAGGAGAAGCCCCCCCAGCGCUACAUGAGCUGCAUGCAGCUGAGGUCCCCCUCGCCCUCCGAGUGUCUGGGGGGGCUCAUGAAUGCUCAUAAAGAGGCGGGAGAGAUGGGAGGUCACACCAGUCCAAUGAGCCUUGGCAGCACGUGUAAAGAUGUCGCCCAGACCUCAGGUGUGGUUCCUUUUCCCUUGUCCCCUCCGCUGAUGCCCGCUUCCCCCCGAAUGGAGUGGAAGGUCAAGAUCCGCAGCGACGGCUCGCGUUACGUGGCCAAACGGCCGGUGAGGGAUCGCCUGCUGAAGGCGCGUGCCAUGAAGAUUCGAGAGGAGCGCAGCGGRAUGACCACAGACGACGACGCAGUCAGCGAGAUGAAGAUGGGCCGCUACUGGAGCAAAGAAGAGCGCAAGCAGCAGCUGCUGAAGGCCCGAGAGCAGCGGCGGCGCCGRGAGUUCAUGAUGCAGAGCCGGCUGGACUGCCUCAGAGAGCGGGAGAAGGAGCAGGGGGGUACACAGCAGCAGCAGCAGGAGACCACCUCCAUCUUGGAGCUUUGCCAUCGCAGGAGCAUGAAGAAGCGCAGUCGCAGAAUCAUGGACAACUGGAUCACUAUACAGGAGCUGCUGGCACAUGGGAGCAGGUCUGCAGACGGAAAGAAAGUCUACAAUCCACUGUUGUCUGUUACCACCGUCUGAGGUCCCACACUGAAGAAAAACUAAAGGUCAAAUUUUAAAKAUUAAAAAAGACUGAACAAGCAAGGCUUUCCAGAGACCAGAAAUUACAAAAAUCUUCCAAAACAGCAGGAAAACAUUCACACUGUGAAUAGAUCUAGAUGCAGUGUAUCAGACGUAUCAUGAAGCACAGGACCGCUCUUAAACAAAGCACAAACUGCAUUUAUUCUGGCAAUGAGGCUAUUUAGCAAAAUGCCACCAUCUGCUGUUCAAAAGAUCACAAUGAAAACUAAUGUUUCCAGGUCUUGAUUACAUUUUAGUAAUUUAUGGAAAUGGGGCUAAAAGCAACACAGCUGUGAAAAUAAAGUCACUUCAGUGCCAUAAAACACUAUAUUCAAUGCUCAAAGGGGAUUUUUUUUAAAGAACAAGCACAUCUUGAAAAUACUUUUUGUGUUAGUACAGACGUUGAUAAAUGUGUUUGUACCCCUUCAUUAAAAAAACACGAAGGUCAGUAAAACAACUGGAAUAUUUCAGCUCCUUCCACAGAYGGUCAACAGAAGACCACUUCAGAACAGUCCAGUGUUCUGAGCCAUACUUGGUUGGUUUUAGCAGAGUUUUGGUCAUUAUCUAGUUGGACACAUCCAGCUGACACCAGGCUUUCUGACACGGAGCAGCACUUCUGCUCCAGAAUGCCUCUAUAGUCUAAAGAUUUCUUUGUACCCUGCAGAUUCAAGACACUCUGGACCAGAUGCGACAAAUGAGCCCAAGAACACAAGUGAGCCUCCUCCACUUAACUUUCUUGGCUCAGUGAACAUAGAGCUGACCUGACUUGUUACCAAAUAUCUCCAGUUUUGCCUCAUCUGUCCAAAGGACUUUGUCCCAGACUUCAGCUUCUCAAAAACAACAAUUCAGUGUUAAGUCUAGCGCAUGUGACCAAAACAUCAACUCGCCGUUUUGAGAGGUGUUUAGUUUAAUCUGCGUGUGGCUCCAGGAUAAACGAAGCAAGUUCAAAAUGAACUCCACCUUCAGCUUUGAGCUGAAGACGUGACCCAGAUGGGAAGCGAAACAUCUCCAGCUACAGAAGUCCAGUUUUAUUUAUUUUCUGUUUACUAUGUCCUGACAGAGUCUACACCAGCAUUUUCUCCCAGAAGUUUUGUAACUUGUCAACAGGAAUUUGGGCAAAUUCUCAUCUCGUUUUCUGCUGAGUUGGUGUCCUCCCUGGUCGUCUUCCAUCCAGCGCCAUCGGACAACAACGACCCUUGACCUCGGAGUUCUCCUCUAAUCUUUUUGAAAAUUGUUCUGGGCUCUUUGGGACUCGUCAUAUUUUGUUUCUUUUGUCUUUAAAUUUCCCCUUGAAGCCAUGGAGUUUGGCUACAGUCUGAGUAACAUCUGCAGCUGUCGUCACAGACACAUCAAGCUGCUUGGAGACGGUCUUAUAGCCUUUACCUUCAACAUGUUACUAAAUGAUUUCCUUUCUAAGCUCCUCAGUUUUCUGUGGUCCGUGUCAGUGUGGACAGCACAGCGACUGUCACUUUUUUAAAUAGGCACACUAAUGACAAGAUUGAAGACACCUGUGAUGCUAAUUCCAGGACAUACAUUAGUUUAGUAUGUCCCUGUGGUCAAAUGCUUUUAGUUUUUCUAUGGGUAUCAUCCUUUUUGUGGAGAUUUUUUUUUUUUUAAUUACAGAAUUCUGUUGGCCCACAAUUCAAAAGCAACGAGUGAAUUUAACAGAUUUUUGUUCUUAGCAGCUUCAAGUCAUUUCAAACCACCGUGGGUUAUUCAGUGUGUGCAAACACAUUUAUCCACAUCUGUAAAUGUUCUGUAGUURCUUCCUUUUCGUCCCCCUUUAGAAGUGUUCAUCUGCAAACACCUUUGUUUUCAGGAUCAGUACUCGAGCUCAGAAUCCAGUUUUUAUGAGGAGCUGUGUGGUGCCUUGUUUCCCUCCCAGGCAGAAUAGACCGUGUGACACAAUUUUUUUAAGUCAUAAAAAAAGGAGACAAGAACAAAUGCAGAAGCACAGAGGCGACUUUUUAAGUUCAUUUUUUAGGGGAACAAAGCCUGAGCAGAAAGAGCUGCUGGGGUGUUUUGAGUGUUGCUUACUUCUUUCAAGGUGUGUAAACUUUGACAAGCAGGUAAAAACCUGAGAACACCCGUUAGAAAAUUAGGCUAAAGUAGUUUUUAUAUAAAACAUUUUGUUUUUACUAAAAUCACCUUUGGUUUACAGAUAAAACGUGAAUUUAUUGUCAGUAAAGAUUUCAGAAAUCUUUGCUUUUUUCAAGUCAUUUUUGGCUAAUAUGAAAUUGUUCAUGCUAACAUUGACUGUGACCAAGGGUUUGGUUUUUUUUCAUUAAUCUAAUCUACAAUAAACGGCUUAAUAAAUACAGCUGCAACAAUUUUUCUCCAAUUCUUUGCUCCUUUGAAUGCAAACUAUGUGGAGUUAAUAUGUUUGUAAAAAGUAAUGAAUAAAAGCUGCUUUUUUGUUUGGCUUUCAUGCAUGUUUGAUAUGAAAUUUUUCACUUCGAUACUGGAGGCUUUUAUGCUAACUGUGGUUGUYUUUUUAUGAUUUUGUUAAAAUUGCAAAGACAAAAAAAAAAAAACAUGGUGUAAUUGUUCAAAAUUGUGACGUGUCUGAAAUUUUACAUCGAAGCUUUUUUUUAAAUAAAUGCUGUGAUUAUGUUAAGAAUAUUUGUUUCUUGUGCAUCUUUAGUUUGAUCAAAUAAAACUGUUUCAUUGUCAUGAGAAAGUUGGAAAUAAGUCCAAAUGUCCUAAACAAUUCUAAACUUUUAUUUUUCUAACAAGUGUGAAAAGAAAAAAAAAGGCAACAGUAAAAUGAAAAGUUUAUACACAAACUCACGACAGCUUUGUGUCUGCAAUAUCAACAAUAAUAAUAACAAUAAUAUAAUCAUCUGAGCCCAUAAACAAAAUGAAAUGAGACAACGUGAGUUACAGUAAAGUUAUUUUCCAAAUAUAAUAUGGUAGGGGAGGUGGAUCAAAUGGAAAAGGAAUAAAACAUGAAGUCGAAAGGAUGGGACCUACAUAAAAAAAAAA